AUGGCCACCGCGGACCGGCGCGAGCCAGUGAGCUGGGAUCGACUGGCAGUCUUCCUGGACGAGCGUCGGGUGGCGCUCGAGGCGGUUGCCGCGGCUCCGUCCAUUGGGGACGGCCCCCGUGCCUCAUCGGCAUCCGAGCGGACUAGUCGACGAUCGCUACAUCUUCAUCGGCCCAAGCCGACCCGUUGCGCUGAGUGCGGUUCUGAGCAUGGACUCAGAGAGUGUUCGGCCUUUAAAGAUCGGCCGGUCUUUUCGCGACGGGCAAGGGUGCGCGCUCUCGGGUUGUGCUUCAACUGCCUCGGUCCGUCGCACCAGGCGGCCGCUUGCCCGUCUAAGGGUCGAUGUCGGGAGUGCGGAGAGCCGCACCAUUCACUUCUGCACUCCGCUCGGCAGUCUCCGGCCCCGGCGUCGGGGGAAGCGCCGGUCACGGCGCAUGCUGCGACGCGGAUGCCCGCGCAGCGAGUUCUUUUGGCCACAGCCAGGGUUUGUCUGAUGGCGUCCGAUGGCCGAUCCGCUGUGGUUCGAGCGCUCAUUGACCAGGGUUCUGAGGUGAGCCUGGUGUCCGAGGCGCUUGCGCAGCGGCUGCGCGCGUCUCGUCGAUCGGUGGAUGUUGGGCUGUCGGGCGUCUCAGAGGGACCCCCUCAGCGGGUGCGGGCCAGCACGUCAUUGCGGCUCAGGGCAACUGCUGGCCUCCCGUUCUCCACCACGGUGGAGGCCCUCAUUAUACCGAGGCUUACGGCGUACCACCCCCCGCAGAGGGCUCGGCUGACGGGGAAGUGGUCGCAUUUGAGGAACCUCCGGUUGGCGGAUGAUCACGAUGAGGACGAGCGCGUCGAGGCGAUACUUGGAGCGGAGGUAUUCGCCGAGAUCGUGUUGACGGGGCUUCGCCGGGGGCCACGGGGAGCUCCCGUCGCGCAGCGUACCCGCUUGGGGUGGGUGCUGUUCGGGGCUCUCCCGUCUGCCGCCGGAGCGGGCGGCUCUCAUUGUCAUGUGAUGCAGUGUGCGUCGGACAACAUGGCGGAUCUCUUGCGGCGCUUCUGGGAGGUGGAGGAGAUUCCGGUUGCUUCCCCGCUCUCUGAGGAGGAGCGGGCUUGUGAAGAGUUUUUCGCGGCGUCCUUUCGGCGUCGUGCGGACGGCCGCUAUCAGAUGCGGUUGCCUUUCAGGAACCCUCCGACUGAGCUGUCUCUCGGCGACACUCGGCGGAUUGCCACUGCCUCGUUGCAUCGCUUGGAGCGGCGACUGCUUCGGCAGCCUUCCUUGGGCGGGGCCUAUCGCGACUUUCUUGAUGACUAUGAACGACAGGGGCAUAUGAUCUGCCUGCCGCUCAAUGUCGAGACCCCGCGGCCCUCUUACUUUAUUCCACAUCACCCGGUGAUUAAACAAGCCCCCGAGCUUAAGGUAAGAGUGGUGUUCAACGCCUCGCAGGCGUCCACCAAUGGCCGGUCGUUGAACGACUUGGUGCACGUGGGGCCGCGCUUACAGCGAGAACUGGGCGAGAUUCUACUUGCCUGGCGCAUGCAUCGAGUGGCCUUCUCUGCAGACAUCGAGUAA